UUUUUUAUUCCCAAAAAAAAAAGAUACUGAAAAAUCGGUCACAUUCUCGUGCACGUGAUUGCCACAUUCAAGCUUGAUCACCCCCUUCCUUGAACCAGCGUCAGCAAUCGCUUUUUCUGGCAAACAUGACGGAAGCGAUAAUAGAGUCUCGCAAACCAGAGCCGUAUGUAAAAUGCGCAUGCAAGGAAUGCAUCACACCAUUAGAAUUCCUUUCUGCUUCUACCAAUGCAAACAAGAAAGUUAAAGUGAAAUGCUGGGCUUGCCACAAGACAGGAACCUAUGAACUCGACAAUACUGGCUUGGAUUUAAAGAAUGCAAGCAAACCAUUCUCCUCAUCUCAAAAGAAAUCGUCAUCCCGGAAAGGAUCAGACGAGAACCCUGUUUCGACCGCCUACUACGACUUGUUGGAGGUUAGCGUAACAGCAACACAAGAAGAAAUCAAGAAGAGUUAUCGAAAGAUGGCCAUUAAGUAUCACCCAGACAAGAAUAGGGAUGAUCCAAACGCAGAAGAAAGGUUUAAGGAAAUAUCAGAAGCAUACCAAAUUUUGUCGGACCCUAAGCUGCGAAAACGAUAUAACGAAAAUGGAGCUGAGAACGGUGUCAAACCAGAAGGAGGGUUCGUUGACCCUGAAGAAUUCUUUAAGCAGUCGUUCGGCGGAGAUCGCUUUGUUGACAUCAUUGGAGAAAUAUCCAUCGGCCGAGAUAUGAGAGACGCAAUUGAAACAGCAGAGAAUGAUGGCGAAGGAAACGAAGCAGAUUUAUCACCUGAAGAGAAGGCUGUUAAAGCAGCUCAAAAAGAGCAGGCUGAAAAGGAACGAGCAGAAACUCGCCAAAAGCGUGUUGAUACCCUAGUUGAAAAGUUGAUAUACAAGCUUUCACUCUACACAGAGCUACCAGAUACAUCACCAGCUUCCGUAGCAGCUUUCACCAACAUCGUUCAGAUUGAAGCUGAAGAUCUCAAACACGAAAGCUACGGAAUUGAAUUGCUGCACGCUAUCGGAUUUACUUACACUAUGAAAGCAAAUCAGUAUAUGGCUAAAGGUCAAAUAUUUGGCCUCGGAGGCGUAUUUCACAGUGUUCGCGAGAAAGGCUAUAUUUUCAGCGAGACUAUGGGUACUCUCCGAAGUGCUCUUGAUCUUCAGAGCAGCUUCAGUGAGCUGCAGAAGGCCGACUCUAAGGGACUGAGCGAGGAGGAGAAGAACCGUUUGGAAGAGGAAGCUGCCCAGAAGGGAUUGAAAGCCAUUUGGAGAGGUUCAAAGUUGGAGGUCGAAAGCGUUUUACGCGAUGUCUGUGAUGCUGUUUUGAGUGAUCCAAAGGCCUCCAGAGACUUGAUCCAGAAGCGAGCUAGCGGACUCAGGAUUAUUGGAUCUGUCUACCAGCAAGUACGAGCAGAUGUCACUGCCGAAGACAUUCACAUUGAGCACAAAGCCCAAGCCAAGGUUGAUCAGCAAACACCACAGAGUAGCUAAAUCGUAAAUUGCUUUGUAUUUUCGGGCUCACUAUACGCAAGGUUUGACUACUACAUGGACUUGGAAAUUCGUUUAUAAAUUCAUCAAAUAUAUCCUAUCAGUCUGCACAGGAGUUCAAUAGCAUCGAAUGUACACUUUCAUGUUAACCAGGGAAGCAUACAAUAAUGACCAAGAUUUUUUUUUUUUACAGUACUCUAGUUAGAAAAGUAUAUUUAUUACACUGCUUCUCAUUCAUUCUACCCGUAUAUUGUUGGACCAGUAUCUAAUCACGAUAACAUGAAACUAUUUAUACAAAUAGAUAAAAUACGUACAUUCACUGGUGUUUACAGUGUGGACAUCCUAUG